AUGUUCAAUUUUAGAAAGCUGCCCCUUUUCGACAGGGACCAAACGAAAGAUACAGGUGAUGUACAAAACUUUCUGAAUAGCCACGAAGGGAUAUAUUUUUCGACUUCCAAAAAAUUUAUCAACGUGUUUGUAGACAAGCUGCUUUUUAUAGACCCCGUUAAUCUAAACGUUACCACAAUAAACUCAGAUUUGUUGGUCGUCGAUUUUUGUUUUUGUGACAAAACGAAUAACCUCAUUGUGCUUGGCAAAAGCAAGAAUGCCCUAGUAUGCAGCAUCUACAACAUCAGGGCGUACAACUUCACCCUGCUGAAAAAAAUACAACUAAGUAAGAACAUCGAGAAUAUAAAGAAGACGCUAAUUUCAAAGUGUCUCGGGUAUAUAACUACCCUAGAAAAUAAAAAAAUCUCAUUUUAUCACAUAAAUAAUGAUUACUCUAUUACGAAAAGUGAAUUAACCCAAGUGGAGGAGGAAGACCUUUACGAAAAUAUGUUCCUCUGUAGAGAGGACAUCUUCAUAGUGAUGAAAAAGAAUUCUAUAAAUGUGUACAGACUGAUCAUAAAAGAUUCUACCAUAAGUUAUACAUUCAUCGAAUGCAUCCCGUUAGAGAAAAAGUACUCUUCGAAAACGAGCGGAGGAACCCCCAAUGGAGGCACCAGCAACAGCGACAACAAUGGGGAAGAAGACCCCACGAGUGACCACACCAGUAGCAGCAAUAAUGAUAACGGACCACCUCCUUUCCACGAGCCGGUGUUGUCCACGUACAACGAAGAAAUAAACGUGUUAUACAUCUGCCACAACGUAUUGAAACUUCUCUUUGUUGUAGACCUCAGCAAUAGAAGUUUGGAAUACAUUUUGCUAGAAAAUAAAGUAAUAAAUCUGUUCGCAGUAAAAUUUUAUUUAAUCCUUCUCACGGAAGUUAGAAGAAAGUUUUAUGUGAACAUAUAUGUGAUACAUGAAGAAAUGAAAAUGCAGGUCUUCCGAGGGACGUUCAACUGCCUCAUAACAAACGUCCUAUUUUUUAACAACUUACUGUUUCUAAUUGUGGACGAAUACAUACACCAGCCGGAGGUGAAGGUAGACAAAUUCUAUUUCUACGAACAACUAAAAAUGAAAUGGAAUGCAGUUGGAGAGGUAAACCAUGGGAAGAACAGCAAAAGUGAUAGCAUAAGCAACAUCUUCAAAGAAACAGAAAGCAGCAAAUCGAAAAGUUUCGAUAUUCUCAAAAUGUACAAUGACAGUAUUAACAAUAAUAGUGGAAGUAGCAACCUGAUGAAAGGCGAUUUAAAGUAUGAUAUAUUUUUGGAUAGAAAAGAUGAGGCCCGAAAAGAUGAAGCACGAAGAGAUGAAGCCUCAAGAGAUGAAGCCCGAAGAGAUGGAAAUAACAGCGCAGAGGAGAAACACUACUACUCGGAAAAGCUAUUUAAAUUAAACAAACUUUUUAAAAAUUGUAGAAAUCAAAUCAAAAUCGUUUUAAAAGAAAAAAACAUGAACGAAAUUGUACACAUGUUUAAAAAGAAAAAGUUGUUCCUCUGGUUAUUAAAAUUUGCCGACUUGAACAAAAAUUAUCACACCAUUAACUUCGGCCAUAUGCAUCACAUAUAUGCCGAUUUUUUAUUCGAAAAGGAAAAGUACGAGCUAGCUAUGCACCAUUACAUCAACACCAUAGGCUUCCUAGAAACGGCCAUCGUUAUUCACAAAUAUUUAAACCUAGAGUUAUAUGAAUAUUUAUCCAGAUAUUUGGAAAAAUUGCACCAAGUUCAUCUCUUCAAUGACGAGCACACCAUGAUGCUUCUCACUUGCUACAAGAAAGAAUGCAAGAAGAAAAAAAUCAUAUCCUUCAUAAGGAACAAUAAAAACAAAAUAAAUUUGCAAAAAACGUACAAGUUUUUAUCCAACGUGGGGUACUACAAUGUCGUUUUGAAGUUUUCAAAAAAGAAUAAAGACCACUUGACGUAUAUCUCCAUCCUCAUUGACAAAUUCGAAAAUUACGAAAAGAGCCUCAAAUAUAUAUUCAUGUUGGACGUAGAAAAUAUAUGCAUUUUGCUCUUUCGCUAUGGGUACAAGUUUAUCAAAUAUUUCCCUCAACGCACCAUUUUUUUGUUAAAAAGGAUCAUUAAAAAGUACAAUUUAAAUUUGACCAUAUUUAUUCCCCUAUUCCUUGACAACAUAGAUUUUUUGUUUCUUUUUAUCCUUAAAUUUCUCGAUAAAAAAAAUUCAAAGGGGGAAGAAAGAAGAAGAAUCGUGAUGGAGGCAGAUGACCCAGGUAGGGAUUCCCCCCCAAGUGGGCAAAACCUUUCGAUGAAGCAGGGGGACGACCUCCGAAGAUUUACCCACGAAAGAGAUAGCCUCCCCCCCCUCGCCAACGACACAAUCGCCAACGACGAAGCCGCGACGACGGCCAACAUCAUAAGUAACAAAAAGAUAGAGUUCGACAUCUUCAAUGGGGAAUAUGACUACAUCCUCUUCGUCACCGUCAUGCAGAUUCUACUUCAGAAGUACAAGACAAAAGAAAAAGAGAACCACGUCCUCACCUUCAACAUAGAUAAGCUGAUCAAAAAUGAAGAUAAAAAUAUAACCUUCUUAUCUGCCAUCCUGCUGUCCAUUUAUAACUACAACAAGGGGCUUCUCUACGUCUCCAAUAAAAUGAACAAGCAUGACAUGUCCUUCCUUUUUACUACCCAAAAGAUGGUGAAAAAAUUCAGACUGAUUUAUGCUAAGCAGGCUUUACACCCCCCACUGCAGCAAAUCAAACUUCACAGUGAUAACCCCCCCCUGCGAAGUUACAACUUAAUGCAAAUUACAGAUGAAAAAUUUGCGAAAAAGCUAUUUAACACGUGUAUGCACCUCAUGAAGGUAAAAGGCUCCAUGUGCCACAAUUACAUUUUUUAUUACCUGUCUUUACUAAAUGAUGACAAGUACCUCACGCGGUUUGUAAAAACGUUAAAUAAAAAAUCAUCCAUAUCGUUGCUGCACCUGAUAAACGUUCUGCGAAAGUACAACAAAAAUUAUGGGUGCGUGAAAAAAUUGGUGAUUUCCUAUAUAAACCAAAUGGAUAGAAAUAUAAAUAAAAAAUAUGCCCAAAUAGUGAGAGAUAAAAGGGAGUUAUAUAAAAUUAAAAAAAAAAAAAAAGCCAGCCAAAAGUACAACUUUCACAUUAUUGAUAAUACUUAUUGUUCCAUCUGCAAAGAAAUGUUAUCCGUCCCAAUUAUCCACUUCUUGUGCAAUCAUUCCUAUCAUUUUUAUUGCCUAAAUGGGGAGGAAGAUUGCAUCCUUUGUCGAAAUAAGGAUAAUGAAAAGAAGUUACUGAAGGAAAAAGCCAAAAAUGCCAUCAACAAUUUUGAUGAAUUUUUUAAAUAUUUGCAAGGCUCUCAAGAUAAGUUUUCCUUCAUUUCGAAUUAUCUAUCUUAUGGUGUUACUCCAAGUAAGUGA